AUGCUACUUUUCAGCAACAAACUGGCGGUUUGGUACCCUGUUCCAAGCCUGUACUACCUUGUCUUACAGACGUACAGAGCUCGUCAGACCAUGGCGUCACGCGUCACCUGCCCUGACGGCGUAGAACGUCAAGACGGGACGACCAGCUCCGCGAUGCAGGGCCUCGGCGGUGGUCUCCAUUCGCCCAGCAACUCUUUCACUUCCACAGAAUCCUGCUCCUCCGCUCUGGCUGGACAGACUCUCUACCUCCGAUCCGUCAAUCGGCAGUGUCAACAGAAUGCAAGCGACUCUCCGUUUUAG